AUGAUCUUUGCCGCUCGACAGCUGCAGGAGAAAUGCCAGGAGAUGCGGACGCACCUCUACACUACGUUCGUGGACUUGACAAAAGCCCUCGACACGGUGAACCGCCUCGGACUUUGGAUAGUUAUGCAGAAGUUCGGAUGUCCGAAGCACCUUACA